AUGGCAGGAAAAGUAGUGUUAAAUAAGCUGUUGGGACUGCAACUACAGAAGCUCUUCAUUCACAGGAGAAAGACCACAAAUCAGACGCAAACAGAAUCUUUAUCUUCAUAUCCCAACACUGUGUCACCGGUGGUAUUAAAUGAUCUGACCAGUGCUCCAAGGCUUGGAACAGUUACUCCAAAUCGUGUCUUUGUAGGAGGAAUUGAUUUAAAGACUAAUGAAAAUGAUCUGAGGAAGUUUUUUGCUCAGUAUGGCAGUGUGAAAGAAGUGAAGAUAGUAAAUGACAGAGCUGGAAUAUCAAAGGGGUAUGGCUUCAUUACUUUUGAAACCCAAGAAGAUGCACAAAAGAUUUUACAAGUGGCUAAAAAACUUAAUUAUAAGGAUAAGAAAUUGAAUAUUGGUCCAGCAAUAAGAAAACAACAAACAAGGAGCUCCUAUUCAGCUGUAAUACCAGAAGCUAGUACAAUGUACUUUACUUCAAGCGGAUAUCCUUAUAUUUACCAUAACGGAGUGGCUUAUUUUCAUACGUCUGAAGUUGCUUCUGUUCUGCAGCCAUGGCCAACUCGUUCUGUUUCCAGUUCAACUGUGAUGGUGGCUCAACCAGUUUAUCAGUCUCCUACAUACCAUUAUCAGGCACCAACACAGUGUCUUCCAAGUCAGUGGCAGUGGUCUGUUCCACAGUCUCCUCCGUCUUCACCUCCAUUCUUGUAUCUGCAACCAUCUGAAGUCGUUUAUCAACCAAUAGGGAUUACCCAGGAAAAUGGAUGUAUACCUCCACCUCUCCUAGCGGAAGCUACAGUUCCUGAGUUGUAUUCUGAUCAUGGACUUCAAGCACCGCAUCACCAGCCUUAUGCUCAGAGUGCCAUAGCAAUGACUGCACCUACACUAUGGAGCAUUCAAUAUUAAGCCAUUUGAGCAGCUCUAGUCUACCUGUACUGAUUUUUCUUGUCCAGUCCUUCCCAUGUGGUAGAGAUCUAGCAGCUGCCUGUUGUGCAACUUGGGGAAUUGAGGUCGCAUUCUGUAAGAAGAAAUUUUUCACGUCAUUCGUCUGUGAAUCAGAAACCUCAAUAUAUAUGAAGUCUCCAUUUUCAUCUUAGAAAAGAUUACAGAAUGGAAGAUAAAAUUCUGAUACCACCUUCUUCUACAUGUUCUGUAAACAGAUCUUUAGCUAUUUACUCUGCUAACCUACCUGUCACAUGAAGGAUAUGUUCUUCCUGACUUCUAACAUUUGCCUGAAAAUGGUUAAGUUAAAAUACCACUCCUUUUUGUAAAGUAAUAAAAUGAAAUGUAGUUUGGACAGGUAAAAACACAUGAAACCAUGAUUUUAUACCUGCAUUUCCUUUCUUAUUAAAAAGACUGUUACAGGAUAAAAUGAUGAUUUCUCAUACACAGCCUACUGUAUAAACUCUGGUUACUAACAUAAAUUGAAAACCAGCAUACUUUUAUUAAAGGAAAAAUUUAUAAUUUCUGGAUUACAUAAACUUAAAAGAUCAAUUAGUUGCAGAGUAAAAUCCAUUUUCCCACAUGCUGACAGCAUUUAAGUGCUGUGGGUUAAAAUCUGGUUAUUUAAAUCUAUGUGCAUUUUGUUUCAAUUCCAAAAGAGUUUACUUUUAGUUUUUUUGCAAUCAGUACUCUCUACUUUUAUAAGGCAUUUUACUUAUGUGUCAUUUUAGUGCUUGAGGAUAAUAACUUUUUAAAAUAAAAUUUGGACCACUAGCUUCAUAAUUAUUUAUGGCUUACAUUUUUCUUGCAUAUAGUAAGCAAUAAAUUUGGGUUUACAGUGUGUUUUUACCUAUAGAAAAAGGCAAGAAUUGACCUUUUAUCAUUACAAGGCCAUUGCAAGCUCCUUCCUUCUUUGACUUUCUCUGUUAUCUGUGCAAAAUUUAGGAACUCCCUGACAGUAUCACCAAUUGAGAUGAAAUACUACUUUCUCCUCAACUGCAGGGAGAUAACUUUUUUUUUUUCUCUCCUUGCUUCUCUCACCACCCUAGGACUCCUUCUAUGUUUUAUAAAAGGUUCCUCAAAGGUUAAAAUACAGCC